AUGUCCCAAAUACCGUACCUCCUAGCUGAACUCGAAAAGCCGAAGCGUCUGCCGUCGCGGGAUCGCUGGGGCAACUACUUGCAAUUUAUACUGGACUUGCGGGGGUAUGCGGUCGGCCUCGGCAAUGUUUGGCGCUUCCCUUACUUGGCGUAUCAUCAUGGUGGAGCCGCUUUUCUGCUCCCCUACAUCUGCUGCAACGUCUUCUUCGGCAUGCCGUUGCUGUACCUCGAGUUCAGCCUCGGCCAAUAUUUGCAGAGAGGUCCCGGGAUGUCCUUCUUCCUGAUGAAGCCCAUCCUGCAGGGCAUCGGCUGGGCCAUGGCGGCCGUGUCGUUGCUUAUUGGCCAGUACUACAACGUCAUCAUCAGCUGGAUCCUCCUCUACCUCAAGCAGGCCGCCCGCGUUCAGGAGUGGACCAAAUGCGAGUGGGACCACAGCUCCGAGCUGUACAAUCCACAUUGCAUCUCCGUCCAGGACAACGACAUCUGGUGCCGAGAAGCGGAGGACCGUUACGGGAACAAGACGCCGUACGCCUACAAUCACACGUGCUGGCCAAGCCUCGCCCCGUUCAACCAGACGAUCACGGCGACGCAGAUAUUUUUGGACAAGUUCAUGCUCGGCGACACGAAAGACAUCAGCGUGUUUGGCCAGUUCCAGAUCAAGAACCUGAUCGCGUUGAUCGUCGUCUGGCUUCUGGUGGUGCUCAUCCUGUGGAAGGGGGUGGCCGUCAUUGGAUCGGUUGCCUACGUCACAGCCACGGUACCGUACUUCAUCAUAGCGAUCCUUUUCGCUCGCGGGAUCAUGCUCGACGGCGCGGCGAUCGGAAUCGAGCACUACCUACUCCGCCCCGACAUGGCCAAGCUGACCGAUGCCGCUACCUGGAAAGCCGCCCUCUCGCAAGUGUGUUUCUCGAUGUCGGUCGGCGUCGGCGGGCUGCAGUCGAUGGCGUCGUACAACGAGCCGAAGCACAACACGCUGCGAGACGGCCUCAUCGUCGCCCUGGCCGAUGCCGGCAUGUCGAUCUUCGGCGGUGUGGCCGUCUUCUCGGUCCUCGGCCACCUCGCCAUGGUCAAGGGCUGCCAGAUAGAAGACGUUGUAGAAAACGGCGUGACCCUGGCUUUCGUCGCCUACCCGGAAGCGAUCUCGACCAUCUUCUUGGCCCCGAUGUGGUGUUUCAUCUUCUUCCUCAUGCUCUUCCUGCUCGGGAUCAGCACCCAGAUUGUCUACAUGGAAACGGUCGUGUCGGCAUUCGUCGAUCGAUGGCCCCAAUUCAAGACCUCGCGUCUCCGCAUCAGCAUUAUCGUCUGCUUCGUCUGCUUCUGGCCCGGGUUCUUGAUGUGCUUUGGGUCCGGCGUCCAUUGGCUGAAGCUGUGGGACGACUACAGCUCGAUGGCGCUGUGUUUUGUGUGCUUCUUCGAGAUUGUGGCCAUCAGCUAUGUGUACGGAUGGCAAAACUGGCGCCACGACCUCGAGGCGAUGUUCGGCCCGCCCAAAUCGACAUUCGGCAAAUAUUUCGGCUCCACCGGCUACUACUUCUUCAUGUCGUGGAUGGCCAUCGGACCUUGUAUGGGUGCGCUAAUGAUCCUGUUCUCCGUUUCGAAGAGCGUCAAAGAAAUUCAGGAUGGCGAGAACUAUUGGUGGGUGACGCUGAUUGGGUGGGCGCUGGCCGUGUUCGUCGUCGGCUGCAUCCCGGGGUGUCUGCUAUGGAAUAUCUGCUUCUACCGUAGCCAGGGGAAUACAAAAGCCGCCUUCCGUGUCCACGAGAAGCACCGCUCGUACGCGCGCCUCAAAAAGGAGGCCGCCGCCGGCGUGGCGUGCCCCGGGUUCUUGGAUCGAUUCCUGCCUGGAGCCGAUGGAUGGGAUGAUGACGCCCUUCUGACGAGAAGCACGGAAACGGAUGAGAAAUCGAGCUAUCAAACCAAGUCCACUAACCUUCCAACUCGCAGCCGCGACCCCCCUUCCAACCCAGCGCCCGGCCCUUCUGAGGCUCCACCUCGUGCUCCAGAGGACAGGGAACGUUGGCACAACUACAUCCAAUACAUCCUCACCUGCAUCGGCUACGUCGUCGGCCUGGGAAACGUUUGGCGCUUCCCGUACUUGGCGUAUCAGAACGGAGGAGCCGCCUUCCUGUUCGUCUACCUGAUAUGCAACAUCUUCUUUGGGUUGCCGCUGCUCUACCUCGAGUUCAGCCUCGGACAAUAUUUACAGGCUGGUCCCGGCACGGCGUUCCACAUGUUGAAGCCGGUGAUGCAGGGCGUCGGCUGGUCAAUGGUCGCCGUCUCGUUCUUCAUCGCCAUCCACUACAAUGUCGUCAUCGCCUGGAUCGGCUACUACAUGACGGCGUCGUUCUCGGUGGACACGUGGAGUCGCUGCGAGUGGUACUACAGCAAGACGGGGAAUCAUGAUUGUGGUGUGCGUCUCGGCCUUCGACUACCGGAAGUGCGUGGAGGGGGGGAGGGGUCGGACAACCAGUCCUCCUACUGGUCCAGCGCCAUGGAGACGUGCUUGGUCGUGCCGCAAAACCUGACCAAGACCCUGUGGACGGCGACGAACUUGCACUUGAGCCAAAACGUGCUCGGCGUCACGGGGAGCAUCACCGACUUUGGGGAGAUCCAAUGGCAGAGCAUCAUCGCGCAGGCCUUCGUCUGGGGCCUGGUCGCCCUGAUUCUAGCGUUUGGGCUGAAAGCUAUCGGCCUGUUGGCCUACAUCGCUGGCACGAUCCCGUACAUCAUCAUGGCGGUCCUCGUCGUGCGCGCCGUCAUGCUGGAGGGCUCGUGGCUGGGCAUCCAGCAGUUCAUUUGGUUCCCCGAUGGCAAGGGCUACAUGAAGCUGUUCGAGCAGCAGCGCGUGCCUGCUAGGGUUCUUGGCCGGCAUCGUGUUCUGCACUGGGGCUGGCAGCUACUGGCUGAUGGUGUGGGACCAGCACAGCUCGAUGGCGAUGUAGUUCGUCUGCUUCCUGGAGGUGGUGGCCGUCAUCUACUGUGUACGACGGCCAUCGCCACGAUAUUUUGGGUACACCGGCACUUCUUCUUCAUGUCGUGGAUGGCCGUCGGGCCCUGCUUGAACAUGGUGUUGUCCGUCUUCAACAUGAUCACCAGCUUCCAGCCGCCGCCGUGGAUCCCGGCGUGGACCGGCAUCGUCGGCUGGUGCUUGCCCUUGAUUGCCCUCGCCUUCAUCCCCGGCAUCGGCGCGUGGAACAUCUUCAAACACAAGAGCCGAGGGGACCCCUCCGGUGCCUACCGUGCCCACCCUACGCACCCCUCCUACAAACGGCUGCGCAAAGAGGAGGCGGCCGGGAUCGCGCAACCCGGCAUCAUCGACUGGUUGCUCUUCCCGCUGCCAGUCCCCGGAAAAUGGAGGGGAAUGGAGGUGGGAUUGUUUAAAGGGGUAGCAAAGGCUAAAUUCGACUAUUUAAAUGACCUGGGUGUUCCAGCUACGCGUGAUUUCCACGCAGUUCCUCCUAUUUUCCACGAAAUGCCCACAAACCCCGAUGGCAGCCAAGCCGAGUCGCCGGCCCCCGAAGACGUCAACGAGGCGCCGCAGCAGAUGGACGCCGCACCCGCUUCAGCGCCGCCCACCACGCCGGAACCGUCGGCCGGCGGUGGCGAGACGACGGAGACCAAGGAGAGCGAGCCGCCGCGCGACCGCUGGGGCAAUUGGUUUCAGUUCAUCCUCACCUCCAUCGGCUACUCGGUUGGACUCGGGAACGUUUGGCGCUUCCCGUACUUGGCGUAUGAGAAUGGUGGAGCCGCCUUCCUGUUCCCCUACAUCUUCUGCAACAUCUUCUUCGGCAUGCCGCUCCUCUACUUCGAGAUGAGCCUCGGUCAAUACCUGCAGGCCGGCCCUAGCAUGUCCUUCUACAAGUGCAAGCCCAUCCUGCAGGGCAUCGGCUGGUGCAUGGCGCUCGUCUCCUUCCUCCUCAGCAUGUACUACAACGUCAUUGUCACCUGUCAAUUU